AUGUCUGCCGCCGAUGCAAAGGUCCUGUCUGUUAGCCCGCUGUACAAAGACCCGCGCGGUAGGACCCGGGACUGGGAAUCUGCCGAGCGCAGCACCCGCCCCAAGGGCAGCGACAUCGAUGGGGUCGGCAUCGUGGCCAUUCUGGAGAAGCCCACGGGGCCCGAGAUCGUGCUUCAAAAACAGUAUAGACCUCCAGCAAAUCAGAUCAUGAUCGAGGUGCCCGCCGGUCUGGUCGAUGCGGGCGAGACAGCCGAGCAAGCUGCGGUGCGAGAGCUCAAGGAAGAGACCGGCUACGUGGGCAAGGUCACAGAGAGCUCGCCCCUCAUGUGGAACGACCCCGGAUUCUGUAAUACUAACCUCCGGAUGGUCCACGUUUCCAUCGAUAUGAGCCUGCCCGAGAACCAGAACCUCAAGCCCGAGCUGGAAGAGAACGAGUUCAUCGAGGUCUUCUACGUGCCCCUGAGGAACCUGUGGGAGGAGUGCAAGAAGCUGGAGGCCCAGGGCUUUGGCAUCGACGCACGGGUUGGCACUCUGGCCGAGGGCAUCGAGCUGGCCAAGCAGUUCAAACUCUAG